CUAAUCCCUCUUAAUUUUCCUCUCCAAAAUUUCCAACUCUUUCAUUCUCUCUCCAAUUUUCAAACCAAUCCCUUACCCUAAUUCCACACUGAAAAUGCUGGAACUCAGGCUGGUGCAGGGUAGCCUGUUGAAGAAGGUUCUGGAGGCCAUAAAGGAUCUAGUGACCGAUGCCAAUUUCGAUUGUUCGGCAACGGGAUUCUCACUGCAGGCAAUGGACAGCAGCCAUGUGGCGCUGGUGUCUUUACUUCUCAGAUCUGAAGGAUUUGAGCAUUACCGAUGUGACCGGAACAUCUCCAUGGGAAUGAACCUCAACAACAUGGCUAAAAUGCUCAAGUGUGCUGGCAACGAUGAUAUUAUCACUCUCAAGGCUGACGAUGGCAGUGACACUGUCACCUUUAUGUUUGAAAGCCCCACCCAAGAUAAGAUUUCAGAUUUUGAGAUGAAGCUCAUGGAUGUUGAUAGUGAACAUCUUGGGAUCCCUGAAGCUGAGUACCAUGCUAUAGUUAGGAUGCCUUCCACUGAGUUUGCAAGAAUUUGUAAAGAUCUCAGCAGCAUUGGUGACACAGUUGUUAUCUCUGUCACAAAAGAAGGUGUAAAAUUCUCUACAAGUGGUGAUAUUGGAACAGCCAAUGUUGUGUGCAGGCAAAACACCACUGUUGACAAGCCGGAGGAUGCAACAAUUGUAGAGAUGAAUGAACCAGUUUCCUUGACUUUUGCUUUGAGGUACUUCAAUUCCUUCACCAAGGGAACUCCAUUGUCAAAUACAGUUACUAUAAGUUUGUCUUCAGAGCUUCCAGUAGUAGUAGAAUACAAGAUUGCGGAGAUGGGUCAUCUCAGGUUCUACUUGGCACCUAAGAUAGAGGAGGAUGAUGAAGAGAAAUAACCUCUCGAGUUUAUCGUUAUGCAUCUAAGCAUCUUUCAUCUCUUAUUAGUUAGAACCCUUAUUUAUGUUCCCUUCUCUUUUUAAUUUUAUUUUGUUUUUCGAGUAUUAAACUUCGAUACAAAUGUACGUCUACUGUGUUAUUGCUUACAACUUUGCAUCUCGACUGCAUAUCAUUUUUCUCUUGCUAAAGGGUUCAUUAGUUCAUUAUGUUGGCAAAAUUGUUCUAAA